AUGGUCAAUCCAAAAGAGCAAUUGCAAGCUAUUAUAACCAGAAGUGGGGUACAACUUCCUGAGAUACGUGUGAAGAGACCAAAGCCAAAAAACGAAGAAAUAAUAAGUGAAGAGGCCGGUACAGAAGCAGAGUCUGAACACCUAAAUGACAAAGGGAACAAAAGGAAAGAAAUACCUAUAGUGAGAGCACCCAGCCCCGUGAGAGCUUACGUGCCACCAAUUCCCUUCCCUCAAAGAUUACAAAGAAAGAAGUUGGACAAUCAAUUUGCCAGAUUUGUAGAGAUUUUCAAGAAACUGCACAUCAAUAUUUCAUUUGCAGAUGCAAUUGCACAAAUGCCUAGCUACGCAAAAUUUUUGAAAGAAAUCCUAUCUAACAAAAGGAAGUUGGAAGAACGUGAGAUAGUCUGCCUGAACGAGGAGUGCAGUGUAAUUCUAUUGAGAAAGCUACCUCUUAAACUAAAAGACCAAGGGAGUUUCACGAUACCGUGUACAAUCGGUUCUAAUUAUUUUGAACAAUCCCUAUGUGAUUUGGGUGCCAGUGUUAACCUUAUGCCUCUCUCUAUUUACAUGUCUCUUGGGUUGAGAGAAACAAAAACUAAAACAAUCUCUUUGCAACUGGCCGAUAGAUCGAUCAAACGAUCGAAGGGGAUUAUUGAAGAUAUGCUAGUCAAAGUUGACAAAUUCAUUUUUCCGGCUGACUUCAUCAUUUUGGACAUGGAGGAGGAUUCAAACAUUCCUUUGAUUUUGGGAAUUCCCUUCUUGGCUAUCGAAAGAGCGUUGAUUGAUGUUUAUGAUGGAAAGAUGAUUAUUCGAGUGGACAAUGAGCAAGUCAUAUUCAACUUGUUCAAGGCGAUGAGACAUCCAUUAACUUCGGACACUUGUUUCCAAGUAGAUGUUCUUGAAGAGCUUGUGGCAGAUAUAUCGAAGACAGAGCAUCGAACAAAUCUUUGUGAGGCAAAACUGGAAGUAACAAAUGUAGGAAAAGCUGAAUGUGUUGUUAACUUAGCCGAGCAACGAAUAGGAAGAAGACAUUGGCAAUUUGAAUCUCUUAGUGACAACCUUUCAUCCCCGGUACCCUCAGUGGAAAAGGCACCCACUCUCGAGCUAAAGCCCUUACCUUCAUAUCUUCGUUAUACGUAUUUGGGAGACUCUGCAACACUUCGAGUAAUCAUUGCAAAUGACAUGACAAGAGAAGAGAAGAAUAAAUUGUUGGAGGUACUCAGACAGCACAAAAUAGCAAUUGGAUGGACGAGAGCUGACAUCAGAGAGAUCAGUCCAACUUUGUGCAUGUAUAAGAUUUUAAUGGAGGACGAGUCAAAGCCAUCAGUAGAAGGACAACGCAGGUUAAACCAAACCUUGAAAGAAAUAGUGCGAAAAGAAUUACUAAAAUUACUAGAUCCAAGAAUAAUUUAUCUCAUAUCUGAUAGUUCGUGGAUGAGUCUUGUACAUGUUGUGCUUAGAAAUGGUGGAAUCACAGUGGAGAAGAACAAGAAUAACGAGCUAAUACCAACACGGUUAGUGAUAGAGUGGAGAGUAUGUAUAGAUUAUAGAAAGCUAAAUAAUGCAACCAGAAAGGACCAUUUUCCAUUGCCAUUCAUUGAUUAG